GCCCUAGUGCGAGGCCCGAGGCCGGAUCGCGCUGCGCCGGCUGAGUCUGGUGAGAGGGGCCCACCCGGGUCGCCGAGCCCCCAGAAAAGUUUCUGUGCGCGAGGAGAGGACGCCCGGACCGGCGCUGCUAGGAGAUGCGCGACUCUGCGCUGCGGUGGUGGCGGCGGCGUGGACCCCAAGCCCCGGAGGACAGGCGCRCCGGACAGUAGUCCACCCUGAAGCUUCGCUGACCAUGAAUGGGAUGGCCAACGUGAAUUCUGCCAGCCGCCCGCACUAUGCCUCUUCCAUUCCUGUGCCUCGAGCGUCUUCCCAGACCAGGAUCCAUACACCCGGUGCCUCUCCCCAGCUGCGGCCCCGCCAGGCUGGCCUGGCCCUGAGCCCCCAACGAGCAGCCUCUCCAAGACUGGGCAAGGCUGCAGGUCCUUCCAGAAACUCCUCCCCCAAGGUCUCCCGGGGCAGAGGCACCCCCAGGGCUGCUGGGGCAGCRAAGGAAUCAGCAGAGGAUGGAGAAAGCCUCCCCAGCUCUCCCUGGAGCAGUCCCAGGGUAACCCCCAAAGCAGCCUUCUCCAGCCAGGCAGGGUCCAGAAGAGUCAGAGAGGCUCAAGGCACCCAUGGGAAGAAGAAGGCCCAGGAAGGGAUUCCAACCCGCCAGACCCGGGGCAGGAGCCCGUCCCGGACAAGCUGUCAUGGAGAAACCCACAUACCAGGGACUUCUGAAGGUCGAAAGCCUCCUAGCUGCCCAGGAAAAGAUCAAAGAGACAUAAACUACAAAACUUCUGGGAUCCUCAGGUCUUUGGAGCCCGACGACAGAGCAUCUUCAGGGGCUUCCUCUCCAGUCUGCAGUCCCAUGCAGAGCAAGCGCCCCUCCCCGACCCCAGCCAUUAGCUUCUCCUCCGUCCAUCAGCAGAGCCAGCCGGUCACAGCCACCGUGGCCCCCUUCCAGUACAGGUUACAGACAGACCAGGAGCCUGGUCCCCUCCCCCAAAGCAGCUGGGCCCUCGAUGGCUACUCCAGUCCCCCCAGCAGGACUGAGGACAGCUUCUCCUGUAUGGACGCGCGGAUCGUCCAUGCGCUCCUCGCGGGCAGAAUGCUGGGCAGCAGCGUCAAGAGCGUGCAGCCCGAGGUGGAGCUGAGCGGCGGCGGCGACGAGGGCACGGACGAGCCGCGAGGAGCCGGCAGGAAGGCGGCAGCGGCGGACGGCAGAGGCAUGCUGCCCAAGCGCGCCAAGGCGCCGGGCGGCGGUGGCAGCAUGGCCAAGGCCAGCGCUGCUGAGCUGAAGGUCUUCAAGUCCGGUAGCGUGGACAGCCGUGUUCCCGGCGGUCCACCGGCCUCCAACCUGCGCAAACAGAAGUCGCUCACCAACCUCUCGUUCCUCACAGACUCAGAGAAGAAGCUGCAGCUCUAUGAGCCGGAGUGGAGCGACGAUAUGGCCAAGGCACCCAAGGGUUUAGGCAAGAUGGGGUCCAAGGGCCGYGAGACUCCGCUGAUGUCCAAGACGCUGUCCAAGUCUGAGCAUUCACUCUUCCAGGCCAAAGGCGGCCCGGCGGGCGGCGCCAAGACCCCCCUAGCUCCUCUAGCGCCCAGCCUGGGAAAACCCAGCCGGAUCCCACGCGGACCUUAUGCGGAGGUCAAGCCGCUCAGCAAGGCGCCAGAGGCGGCGGUCAGCGACGACGGCAAAUCGGAUGAUGAGUUGCUCUCCAGCAAGGCCAAGGCGCAAAAGGGUUCUGGGCCUGUGCCCUCCGCCAAGGGCCAGGAGGAGCGCGCUUUCCUCAAGGUGGACCCCGAGCUCGUGGUAACUGUGCUGGGCGACCUGGAGCAGCUGCUCUUCAGCCAGAUGCUGGACCCAGAGUCCCAGAGAAAGAGGACAGUGCAAAAUGUCCUGGAUCUUCGCCAGAACCUGGAAGAGACCAUGUCCAGCCUGCGAGGCUCCCAGGUGACUCACAGCUCCCUGGAGAUGACCUGCUACGACAGCGAUGAUGCCAACCCGCGCAGCGUGUCCAGCCUCUCCAACCGCUCCUCCCCUCUGUCUUGGCGCUAUGGCCAGUCCAGCCCGCGGCUGCAGGCUGGUGAUGCACCUUCGGUGGGCGGGAGCUGCCGGUCGGAGGGGACUCCUGCCUGGUACAUGCACGGGGAGCGGGCCCACUACUCCCACACCAUGCCCAUGCGCAGUCCCAGCAAGCUCAGCCACAUCUCCCGCCUGGAGCUGGUUGAGUCCCUGGACUCGGAUGAGGUGGAUCUCAAGUCCGGCUACAUGAGCGACAGUGACCUCAUGGGCAAGACCAUGACAGAGGACGACGACAUCACUACUGGCUGGGAUGAAAGCAGCUCCAUCAGCAGUGGGCUCAGUGAUGCCUCCGACAACCUCAGCUCAGAAGAGUUCAAUGCCAGCUCCUCACUCAACUCCCUCCCAUCUACUCCCACUGCCUCCCGCAGGAACUCUACAAUAGUGCUGCGCACAGACUCAGAGAAGCGCUCUCUGGCAGAAAGUGGGCUGAGUUGGUUUAGUGAAUCAGAAGAGAAGGCCCCCAAAAAGCUGGAGUACGACAGCGGUAGCCUAAAGAUGGAACCUGGGACUUCUAAGUGGCGGAGAGAACGGCCUGAGAGCUGUGAUGAUUCUUCCAAGGGCGGAGAACUCAAAAAACCCAUCAGUCUGGGACAUCCUGGUUCCUUGAAGAAGGGCAAGACCCCACCAGUGGCUGUCACUUCCCCCAUCACUCAUACAGCCCAGAGUGCCCUCAAAGUUGCAGGCAAACCCGAAGGCAAAGCUACAGACAAGGGUAAGCUUGCUGUAAAGAAUACCGGGCUGCAGCGCUCCUCUUCUGAUGCUGGUCGGGAUCGCCUAAGUGAUGCUAAGAAGCCCCCCUCGGGCAUUGCUCGCCCCUCCACCUCGGGAUCCUUUGGCUACAAGAAACCCCCUCCUGCCACAGGCACGGCCACGGUCAUGCAGACUGGUGGCUCAGCCACUCUCAGCAAGAUCCAGAAGUCCUCAGGCAUCCCCGUCAAGCCAGUGAAUGGGMGAAAAACUAGCUUAGAUGUGUCMAAUAGCGCRGAGCCUGGAUUCCUGGCUCCCGGAGCCCGUUCCAACAUCCAGUACCGCAGCCUGCCCCGGCCAGCCAAGUCCAGUUCCAUGAGUGUGACAGGUGGGCGGGGUGGACCUCGCCCUGUGAGCAGCAGCAUUGACCCCAGUGUCCUCAGCACCAAGCAAGGAGGCCUUACGCCCACCAGACUGAAGGAGCCUUCCAAGGUUGCCAGUGGGCGGACCACUCCAGCUCCUGUCAAUCAGACAGACCGGGAAAAGGAAAAGGCCAAAGCCAAAGCAGUGGCCUUGGACUCAGACAACAUCUCCUUAAAGAGCAUUGGCUCCCCAGAGAGCACUCCCAAGAACCAAGCAAGCCACCUGCCAGCCACCAAAUUAGCAGAGCUACCACCAACCCCUCUCAGGGCCACAGCUAAGAGCUUUGUCAAGCCUCCUUCACUAGCCAAUCUAGACAAGGUCAACUCCAACAGUCUGGAUCUACCAUCGUCCAGUGACAGCCACACUCCAAAGGUCCCAGAUCUGCAUGCUACAAGCUCAGCAACUGGGGGCCCUCUCCCUUCUUGCUUCACCCCCAGUCCAGCACCCAUCCUCAAUAUUAACUCAGCCAGCUUCUCCCAGGGCCUAGAGCUGAUGAGUGGUUUCAGUGUCCCAAAGGAGACCCGCAUGUACCCCAAACUCUCAAGCCUGCACAGGAGCAUGGAGUCCCUUCAGAUGCCAAUGAGCCUGCCCAGUGCCUUUCCCAGCAGUUCCCCCAUCCCCACCCCUCCUGCGGCCCCUGCUGCCCCCACAGAGGAAGAGACCGAAGAGCUGACCUGGAGUGGAAGCCCCAGAGCUGGACAAGUGGACAGUAAUCAGCGGGAUCGGAAUACCCUUCCCAAGAAAGGACUCAGGUACCAGCUCCAGUCCCAGGAGGAGACCAAGGAGAGGCGGCAUUCCCAUACCAUUGGUGGGCUGCCUGAAUCCGAUGACCAGUCAGAGCUGCCUUCUCCCCCUGCUCUCUCCAUGUCCCUGAGUGCAAAAGGCCAGCUUACCAACAUAGUGAGUCCCACGGCGGCCACCACGCCAAGAAUCACCCGCUCCAACAGCAUCCCCACCCACGAAGCGGCCUUCGAGCUGUACAGCGGCUCCCAAAUGGGGAGCACCCUGUCCCUGGCCGAGAGACCCAAGGGAAUGAUUCGGUCAGGAUCCUUCCGAGACCCCACGGAUGAUGUUCACGGCUCGGUGCUGUCCCUGGCCUCCAGUGCCUCCUCCACAUACUCCUCACAAAUCCGGAAGCUUCGUAGAGAACUGGAAUCAUCCCAGGAAAAAGUGGCCACCCUGACAUCUCAGCUUUCUGCCAAUGCUAAUCUAGUGGCCGCUUUCGAGCAGAGCCUUGUGAGUAUGACAUCCCGCCUGCGACACCUGGCAGAGACAGCAGAGGAGAAGGACACUGAGCUGCUGGAUUUGCGAGAAACCAUAGACUUUCUGAAGAAAAAGAACUCUGAGGCUCAGGCAGUCAUUCAGGGAGCCCUGAAUGCCUCAGAAACCACACCCAAAGAACUACGGAUCAAGAGACAGAACUCCUCAGAUAGCAUCUCAAGCCUCAACAGCAUCACCAGCCAUUCCAGCAUUGGCAGUGGCAAGGACGCUGAUGCGAAAAAGAAGAAGAAAAAGAGUUGGGUCUAUGAGCUUCGAAGUUCCUUCAACAAAGCCUUCAGCAUAAAAAAGGGACCCAAGUCAGCCUCCUCAUACUCUGAUAUCGAGGAGAUUGCCACACCAGACUCCUCGGCCCCCUCGUCACCCAAACUGCAACAUGGCUCCACAGAGACAGCUUCGCCCUCCAUCAAGUCCUCCAACUCAUCCUCUGUGGGCAUUGAUGUCACCGAGGCCCCUGCUCAUUCAGCCCCCCACCCCAGGCUGUUCCACACCAACGAGGAGGAGGAGCCAGAAAAGAAGGAGGUAUCCGAGUUGCGCUCGGAGCUGUGGGAAAAAGAGAUGAAGCUCACAGACAUCCGCUUGGAGGCCCUCAACUCUGCCCACCAGCUGGACCAACUUCGGGAGACCAUGCACAACAUGCAGUUGGAGGUGGACCUGCUGAAAGCAGAGAAUGACCGGCUGAAGGUAGCCCCUGGCCCCUCCUCAGGCUCCACUCCAGGGCAGGUCCCUGGAUCAUCUACUCUGUCAUCCCCUCGCCGCUCCCUGGGCCUCGCACUCACCCAUUCCUUCAGCCCAAGUCUCACAGACACAGACCUGUCACCCAUGGAUGGCAUCAGCACCUGUGGUCUAAAGGAGGAAGUGACCCUUCGAGUGGUAGUACGGAUGCCCCCACAGCACAUCAUCAAAGGGGACUUGAAGCAGCAGGAAUUCUUCUUGGGAUGUAGCAAAGUCAGUGGAAAAGUUGACUGGAAGAUGCUGGAUGAAGCUGUUUUCCAAGUGUUCAAGGACUAUAUUUCUAAAAUGGACCCAGCCUCCACCCUGGGACUAAGCACUGAGUCGAUUCACGGCUACAGCCUCAGCCAUGUGAAACGAGUGUUGGAUGCUGAACCCCCAGAGAUGCCUCCUUGCCGUCGAGGUGUCAAUAACAUUUCGGUCUCCCUCAAAGGUCUAAAGGAGAAGUGCGUGGACAGCCUGGUGUUUGAGACGCUGAUCCCCAAACCGAUGAUGCAGCACUACAUUAGCCUCCUGCUCAAGCACCGGCGCCUCGUGCUCUCAGGCCCCAGCGGCACUGGCAAGACCUACCUGACCAAUCGCUUGGCUGAAUACUUAGUGGAGCGCUCUGGCCGCGAGGUCACCGAGGGCAUCGUCAGCACCUUCAACAUGCACCAGCAGUCUUGCAAGGAUCUGCAACUGUACCUCUCCAACCUAGCCAACCAGAUAGAUCGAGAAACAGGAAUUGGAGAUGUGCCCUUGGUGAUCCUACUGGAUGACCUGAGUGAAGCGGGCUCUAUUAGUGAGCUGGUCAAUGGGGCUCUCACCUGCAAGUAUCACAAAUGUCCCUAUAUUAUAGGUACCACCAAUCAGCCUGUAAAAAUGACACCCAACCAUGGCUUGCACUUGAGUUUCAGGAUGCUGACCUUCUCCAACAAUGUAGAGCCAGCCAAUGGCUUCCUGGUGCGUUACCUGCGGAGGAAGUUGGUAGAGUCAGACAGUGACAUCAACGCCAACAAGGAAGAGCUGCUUCGGGUGCUGGACUGGGUGCCUAAGCUGUGGUAUCACCUCCACACCUUCCUGGAGAAGCACAGCACCUCAGACUUCCUCAUCGGCCCGUGCUUCUUCCUGUCCUGUCCCAUUGGCAUUGAGGACUUCCGGACCUGGUUCAUUGACUUGUGGAACAACUCCAUCAUUCCCUAUCUGCAGGAGGGAGCCAAAGAUGGGAUCAAGGUUCAUGGACAGAAAGCUGCUUGGGAGGACCCAGUGGAGUGGGUCCGGGAUACUCUUCCCUGGCCAUCAGCCCAACAAGACCAAUCAAAGUUGUACCACCUGCCUCCACCCACUGUGGGCCCUCACAGCAUUGCCUCACCUCCAGAAGACAGAACAGUCAAAGACAGCACUCCAAAUUCUCUAGAUUCGGACCCUCUGAUGGCCAUGCUGCUGAAACUUCAAGAAGCUGCCAACUACAUUGAAUCUCCAGAUCGAGAGACRAUUCUGGACCCCAACCUCCAGGCAACACUCUGAGGUCCCAGCAGUCACUGUCACCCCGGACUACAGAAGGCUGGCAUCAGCUUCCUUAGCUCCUCCUCUCCCCUCUUCUUUCAGAGCGCUAGCUCUCCAGCCGAGGAGGAGAACAGGAGGGAGGAGGAGGAUAAGAAGAGGGGCAGGUUCUUGGUGCUGCACCUUGGAGAACUUCCUACUAGGGAUUGGUGGGGUAGAGUUUGGGAACUUGUGUCCCCUAAAUACAUUUACUGGCCUCCUCUCACCAUUUUGGGGAAAAGAUGAUUCUGGGUCUUUUCCUUGAUUUCUUAUUUCAAUUAUAAAUUCCUGGGCUUUCUAGGAAAAGGGGUUCAGAAGACAUCAAAAAACUCUGCAACAGCUCCUGAUUCUCACAAACAACUCCGAGACAGUCACAGGUGGGGAGACCUGAGGGAGGCAGGACUCUCCGCGAACUUUCUUGCAGACCCUUCCCAACUCCAUCACCACUGCCAACAACUCUUCCCCCAGAGAUCUGGCCGGAGCCCAGAAAAGAAGCAUGUGGUUUAAACAAUGUGUAAAUCAACCUGUAAAAGGUAAAAUGCAAUGGAAAAGAUGAAUCUGGAGAGAGGGGACCCAGUUGCCAAGAAAGAAAGAAAACUGCCAGCUCUUGCCUUCUGGAUAACAGGGGAUGUUGACAAGAUGCCUGCCAAAUCUAAGAAGUYGCCAAACCACAAAAAUAACAUUACAGCCUUCAGAGAAAGACUCCUAGCUCUGUCUUUCUACCCUCUAAUUUAACAUGCAUGAGAGUCAAUAAACCCUACUUUUUAAUUUUUUAUUUUUUUAUUUUGCAUUGAUUUUUCCCCCCUACCAUCUGCCUAUUUAUUUUCCUCCCCUGCUUCCCCCCUUCUUCACAUGUCCGUGAGAUACUGGGUUGCUUUUUGAGGGGUUAGUUUGGCUUUUCCAAGUGGAUUUUCUUAGGAGAAUCUGAUGCCAUCUAAUUGGUACCAGCUAAACACCUGUCAUGCCACUCUAUGUGGCAUCCUUAGGGCCUAUAUAAGACGUGAAGCACUGGAUCAGCAGUAGUGGGAGAAGAGGAACCCAGUUCCUUUAACUUCCCUUUCGCAAAAAGCACACGUUCUGGCCAGGAGCUCAAUUGGCAACUUUGAGCUUCAUUGUAGACUGUAGGAAAACCAAGAAAUUGGAGAGACUCUUCUAUCUUGUGGCUUGCUUGUCCCUCUCACUGCACUAUUUAAUGGUAGCCAUUUCACCUGACUGAAUCAAAAUUCCCCAGCCAGCCCUUACUAUUUGUUUUUGACAGGUGAGUAUUCACUUGUAAGAGACUGAACAGCCAUGUGAGACACUCCAAAUCAGAAUUAUAGGUUCAAGGAGCUUGAUUUGGUGGCCAAAAUAUCUGCCUUCUGGGGAGAUCCCACAUCUUGCAAGAAGUUGCUCUUUUCCUGAUGUCCUGAAGGUCUGCCAGUCCAUGUUCCUUCGGUUGACGGAUACUGAGUACUUAACUGUGUACCAGUUACUAGAUUUAAAAAAAUAAGAGACAAGACUUGGGCCCGUAAGCUCAUGUCUAGUAGAAAAUGUUGACCCCCCAUUAAAUGCAUACUACCUUGUAUCUGGACCUUCAGGAUCACCCAAGAAAUGUAGCUGAAAUCCAAGAAGUCAGCUAAGAAGCCUUUGAUUAGAUGUCUAAUACAUUGGGGGCAGAAGAUCUGGGAUCAACUAAGGUGGAACCUGAAAGACUAUGGAAUCUUGCUUGUCUGGAGUUGGCAAGUCUACUUCCUGCCACUUCUGAAAGCCCUAAGGGAACAGAUUCCAGGCUGAACUGCCAAGUGGGCUGAAAUUUCAGGGCUCUGCCAAUCAGGGAUAUGUGGUGAGCUUGGGUUUAAAAGUUUGCUGUUCAGAUUCCUAAGUAGCACAAGACUAUCAGAUUCUACAGGCAUUCUGGAUCACUCUGUUCCACCCAACCGAGGAGUAGAUUCAUCUGAAUCUUCAUAUCAGAAUAUUUUCAUUUAGUUCCCAAGAUGGUCUAGUUUAUCACCCCCCCCCACCCCAAAGAAAAGCUUCUGUUUUCACAUGGUAGCUCCCAGGGAAGACAGGGUCCUCUGUGCUGGAGACUAUUAUUGCUAUUGCUGCUAAUUCCAUGAGCCGUGAAGAUCCCCCAACCAACUUGGCUGUAAAAUAUGCAAUUCUGUGGUGGGAAGAAGCUGUUUGUCCAAGGAUGGUGCUGAAAUCACUGCCUUAAGGUCUCUGCUGCRCAAAAUGAGGCCCCAGAGCUGGGUGUUCCAACUUAGAAGGAAGGAAAGACCAGAUGGGCUUGCUUUGGACCUAGGCCUCUUCUGUGUACCCUAUUCCAAGCUCCAGUCCCAUGGCAAGGCUUAGACUUUUAAUGCCAUCUUAAUCGGAUGGUUGAGCCCUUAACUCUACUUUCCGGUGCUGCCCAGCCAGUGCCUUCUGACAUGGAUGUUACUGGCUACUUGAGAAAAAGGAGAGGGGAGAGCCCCUUCUUCCAUUCCAACUGCCUCAGACCGCAGAGAGAUUCUUGUCUCUCUGGUAACCAUGGAUACCACCAUGAAUUUUGUGUGGAUCUUCAGCAGGUUUUUUUCUGGAGGCUUCUCAUGCUCUGACUUUUCAUUUCUAUUCUUGGGAUCCAUCACCCUCUGCUCUUGGUUGACUGCUGCAUUUAGCCCAGGUGUCUAAUUGCUUUCCUCCAGAAAGUGUGUUCCCAACUUUGUGAAGUGGUAAUGAAGCCUCAGCUUUCCCUCUGCAGUCUGGGACCUUGUUUACAGUUGCACAUCUGGGCCCCUCAUGGUAGGGAUUGAUCAUCUCACAAAGGAAUCCUGAGUAUUUGGCAACUGUAGAAGAAGGUUGGGCCUCCUCAUGGUGCUAUAACCCCUUGGGACGCUCAUCCAGACUUCUCUGAAGCAGAACACCAAGCUCCCCCGACCUGCUGCAAGAAUGAACGGCAAGGAGCAAAUCCGCAGCGUUCUCUCCUACCUACACACCUGCUUCUUGGUUGAGACUACUGGGAUCCCUCAAAAAAGAAAACCAGGUCCCAUAGCUAAAUUCUCAACCCCCAGGCACCUUUGGAAGAAUCUGGCCUAAUUCUGGAAUUUGUACUGUUUCCUUCCUCUCCAGCCCCUGACUUCAUCCCUUACCAAAGCGAGCUAGUAUAGAACAUGGUUCAAUACCUAACAUCAAUCUAUGGGGAGAGCCACAACUCAGAGAGAGGUUCCUCGGCAGAGUCCCCCUCAUUUCUGGAUGGGGAAGACCAACAAGAUGUGUCCAAUAUAUU